GAAUAAAUAACGCGUGCCUGUGGAAGCGACCCUGGAGAGGGCCUGGGCUCGGCAGGCACGGGAGACCCGGGGUGAAGCCGUGACGCUUUGGUCCCAGGUUGUGCUUAUGUCGUGUGUCCACAGACAUCAACCAACAGGAUAAACUUUUUGAGACCUAGACACCAUUUCACAUCUUUUUUUCAAGGAAAAGAUAUAUUUUUUUAAUUAUUAGAGUACCAGACUGGUAGAUGGAGGGCAUCUGUGAGGAGCAGUGUGGCCUUGUGAUCAGUCUUUCCUGUGAAGUGUGAAACACACCUACCGUGGUGGGUGCAGCCCUUGGACACUGGUCCGUCUGUAGUGCUGUCUCCGCGGCCACCAGCAAGCGCUGGGGAAGGAACUGCGUUUCGGGGGCUUGAAACUAACGCCUUACACGUAGAGGAGUAAUUUGGUGGCCUCAGUGCCACAUUCACCGUGCUGCAGAUAUUUCUCAUGGGCCAGCUAUCAAGAGACACCCUACUGUGCUGUGGUGUGACGAAUGAAGGCAUUUUCCACCAUAAACAAGGUUUUUCCACCAUGUUCGGAAAAAAAAAGAAAAGGCUUGAAAUUUCUGGGCCUUCUAACUUUGAACAUCGGGUUCACACUGGAUUUGAUCACCGAGAGCAGAAGUUCACUGGACUACCUCAGCAGUGGCACAGCCUGUUAGCAGACACAGCGAACAGGCCAAAGCCUAUGGUGGACCCCUCAUGUAUCACUCCUAUCCAGCUCGCUCCUAUGAAGACUAUUGUUAGAGGAAAUAAACCUCGAAAGGAUACUUCAAUCAAUGGCCUGCUAGAAGAAUUUGACAAUAUCUCGGUGACCCGAUCUAAUUCCCUACGGAAGGAAAGUCCUCCCACCCACCAUCAAGGAAAUUCAAACCAUGUGCAGAGGCACCAGGAGGAAAAUGGUUAUAUCACGUAUUCUCAGUAUUCCAGUGAGUCAGAUACUACUACAGACUAUGUCAUGGAAAAAUAUAGAGACAAGACUCUUUAUGGGGAAGAGCUAGACAGAUACUACAAAGGCAGUUACGCCACAAAGCAAAAUGGACACAUGAUGAAAAUGACUUCCAGAGACAUCUAUUACUCAGAAGUUAAACCCCUGAAGUCAGACAUCUCCAGGUUCCUUCCAGAUUAUCAUACACACAUGGAAGCAAAACCCAAACCAAUUGAAUACAGUGGCCUAAAGCUGGAAUAUCAAAGGAUUCCUAGUGGAUCCUCAUUAGACUAUGGAGAUCCCUUUCCUUAUGCUCCCUCUCGAACUUCAGUGCAAAGUGAGUGCUCUAAGGAGAGACUCGAGUACAGUGACGGCGACUGGGGAAACGGAUCAGGCAAGGAUGAUUACGACAAAAGGCCAAAGUCGUCGUACGUAAACCCAGCAAGUCCGCAGCCAGCAAUGAGACAGAGAUCCAGGUCGGGCUCUGGUCUGCAGGAGCCAGCCAUGCCCUACGGAGCAAGUGCUUUUAAGGCAAACCAACAAGGACACUCGUACAGCUCCUACACCUACCCUCGCUUGUCCGAAACCGCAGCAGGCAUCCCAAAGGUGGAUUAUGAUCGAGCGCAGAUGGUAGUUAGCCCACCACUCUCCGGAUCAGACACCUACCCUAGGGGCCCAGUAAAGCUACCUCAAAGUCAAAGCAAAGUCAGCUAUUCCAGCAGUAGCUACCAGUAUCCUUUAGUCUAUCACAAAGCGUCUCUCUAUCACCAGCCGUCUCUCCAGCCAAGCUCUCCUUAUAUUUCCACGGCUUCCUACCCGAGCUCCCCAAGUAUCACAUCAAGUGCUUAUCCUCCACCGAGCUGGGGUUCCUCCUCGGACCAGCAGCCAUCCCGGGUGUCCCACGAACAGUUCAGAGCUGCUCUGCAGCUUGUCGUCAGCCCGGGGGACCCCAGGGAAUACUUGGACAACUUUAUCAAGAUAGGAGAAGGCUCCACGGGGAUUGUCUGCAUCGCCACUGAGAAACACACAGGAAAGCAAGUCGCAGUGAAGAAAAUGGACCUCAGGAAACAGCAGAGAAGGGAAUUACUCUUUAAUGAGGUUGUAAUCAUGAGAGACUACCAUCACGAAAAUGUGGUCGACAUGUACAACAGUUACCUGGUUGGCGAUGAGCUGUGGGUCGUGAUGGAGUUCCUGGAGGGCGGUGCUCUGACAGACAUAGUGACUCACACAAGAAUGAAUGAAGAGCAGAUAGCUACUGUCUGUUUAUCUGUCCUGAGAGCGCUGUCCUACCUGCACAAUCAAGGGGUUAUUCACCGCGACAUCAAAAGUGACUCCAUCCUUCUCACAAGCGACGGGAGGAUAAAAUUGUCAGACUUUGGAUUCUGUGCCCAAGUUUCUAAGGAAGUCCCCAAGCGGAAAUCGCUGGUUGGAACACCCUACUGGAUGGCACCAGAGGUGAUAUCUCGCCUGCCUUACGGCACUGAAGUGGAUAUCUGGUCGCUUGGUAUCAUGGUAAUAGAGAUGAUAGACGGAGAACCUCCCUAUUUCAACGAGCCGCCGCUCCAGGCAAUGCGCAGGAUCCGGGAUAACUUACCGCCCCGGGUGAAGGACAUACACAAGGUCUCCUCGGUCCUCCGGGGCUUCCUAGACUUGAUGCUGGUGCGGGAGCCCUCGCAGAGAGCCACAGCGCAGGAACUGCUGAGACACCCCUUUCUGAAGCUGGCGGGGCCACCUUCUUGCAUCGUGCCCCUCAUGCGGCAACACAGGCACCGCUGACCCCGGCGAGCUUGCAGGAGGAGGCCGGUACGGAGGCCGGGUGAAGCCUCGCAGGAAUCCUCGAGAGCUUUUUGGAAACUGUGGCCGGCCGAAACCUGGCGAAGGAAGAACAGCUCUGCGGAAAUAAUGCGGUGUACAAAAAAGUCCCGAGGUGCUCUCUGGAGCUGUGAAGGACCGGUCAACUCUCUCUGCCGCUGAUGGGACAGCCGCGCGGUGACGUUAAGUGCUGUCCCACAGAAGGACUCUUCCCCGGGCAGUCGUCUGCUUGCCUUUCCGCCAUCAAAGCAGAAGGAUUCAAAUACCAACAUGGUUGAAAAGAUAAUAGAGGAUAGCACAACCAGAGUGAAACACCUGAAUUUUAUUGCAAAAGAAGGAUAUGGCACUUCUAUUUCAGAAGAACACUUUUCUGGCAAAAAGCACUUUUUAUCUCAGUCAUAGCAGUGUAAUGUAUUUUGAAAUGAAUUUGUAAUUUUCUGUACAGUACUUUUUGAUAAUUUGCAGUACUUUGUCAUGUAACCAUCGUGCUAGUUGAAGUAAUAAGUGUAACUUAGCAAGAGUUUGGGGGAAAAAAAACCCUUUCCUAGUUUUUUUAACCCUUUUGAAAAUGGAAAAAAAAAAACCUUUAGGAACCUAGAAUGUUUGGCAGAUUUUCCAUCGGGUUCGGUGGAGUACACUUCUUACCUUUACAGCAGUUUAAAGAGCAAUGAGAACUAACAAUACUAAUGAUUUCCCAAUCAGAGCACUGAAAGUAUUGUUUGAAACAUUACUCGGCAUUGCUAGAUCUGAGGGAAUUCUAGUUGCACAGUGGAAAUCAGUACUUCUGUUGAAUGUCACAAAUUGUUCUUUCGUUUCCUUGUCUCUAGCGCCGAGGGAGCUAGCACAUCAAACGUACCUCUGUCCAAGGGUCGUCUUCUAAUGACAGUGGGGUCUUCAUCUUAUGCUGUACCAACCUUGCUAUUGUGAGGUCAAGCGUGUCACCGCAAAGUCUCCAUUUUUCAUAUCACACUUUGAAAGUCAGAAUGGACUGCAGAAGUCUAAUUACCAAGAGGGUAUUCUCCAGAUUUCAGAUGGACUGCUGUAAUAUGUUACGAGAUGUUUGCCAUAUAGAAAAAGUUGUGCUGCUGUCUAGACCUUUCUGAAUGUUGAUACAACAGUUGACUACUACGAUACAUUUUUGUGUUAUUUGUUGGAUGAACUUGCAUGUUAACUGUAGGCCUAAAUAGAUUUGCCUUUAAAAUUUUUAGAAGUGCUUCAUAAUUAUUUCAAUGAUACAUGAAUUUUAUUUAUUAAUGAUUAGUUAUUUUUGAUUAUGUAUAAUACAAAAGCCAUGUUUUUCCAAUUUUUUUCUUACUGACCUCAUUUUACAAUAUCAUUAUGAAACACAAACCCAAUUUUGUGAAAACAGUUAGUUUAUUUCUUACUAUGGAAUUUCAGAGUGACUAAAUUAAUUGCUAUUUAUUGUUGUAAAUUAUAACGGGACUUGUAAAACUGGCAUGAGCAGUUUCUUAAUGAUCUUCCUCCUGGACAAAAGAUUUGCCAAUAGUAAAGAGCUCCUUUAGUACUGCCCCUGAAAAAGUUAAACGUUUGAAGGGAGAGGAGGAAUUAAAAAGUUACGAAAGGGGAGCUAAAACCAAAUAAGAAUUCGAACACUGAAUAAAUGUCCUUAAAUAUGCAUAUCGUACUCCCUGCUCCUUUCUCCUCUCAACCUUAUUUGCACAUUUUAACUUUGCAUCAGUGCCCUCUCCUAGAAGGUCCUCUGUGCGAUUUAACGGCUCUUUGAGGUUGGAAGGACCCAGCGUCGUUAGGUACCCCGGGGUUUUGGUUCAGGGGGUGAGGCCCGGUGUCACCAUGGUCCAUGGGGGACCGCUGCCGGAGCAGCCCCUUCCCCAGGGUCUCCGCAGCACCACUCACCCGCGGCGGGUCGUCCCCGCUGGCGAAAAUGGGGUUCCUUCGUUCCCCGCAGUUCCUGCAAACCCAUCGUCUCAGGACGGACCCGCGAAAGCCUUGUAGAGGAAACUAAGGUAGCUACAGGGUUUUAAAACUUGUUUGUAUUUUGUAGUCUUGGCAACUCAGGAAAAAGGCUGCACUGAGACAGACAAUGGCCUGCAAGUGGAACCAGAGUAUUAGCCACAAAAUUGAACUUUUUUAACCAUAAUUGAAUUAAAAAAAAGGGGGUUGGGUUGUUUGGAUUUUUUUAAUAUUCAGUACAUUUUAAAUGGUACAAGUGGAGAAUUUUCUGCAACUUUCUUACCAUUCAAUAUUUUAAACAGUAUUCAUCAAGUUUACUGAAAGUUUUGUCAGCUUAAAAGCUUUUUUUCUUUUGUGAACACCAACUACUGGUGGAAAAAAAUGCACAUGCAAAUGAAAAAAAUAAAUAAAUGUUUUCAUUUUCAA